AUGUCUGUCCUUAAGGGUCUUCCCACCGUACCGCGGAGACGAUCGACCCCAGAAGAUGACAGCUACAUCGCAGCUGUGGUAGAAUACCAAGUUUACUCAGACACGGCCGUCAAUUUACAAAAUUACGUUACACUAAUUCAAGAUGCUGCUCAACAGGGUGCAGAUAUAGUCGUAUUUCCUGAAAUGACUCUCACCAGCGGCAGAAGUGUGGUCGUGCCCAUGAAUGGUACACUCAGGGAAUAUCCCGUUCCAGCCGUAUAUCCUGACUUAUAUGACGAGAUUCUGGUCACCAUAUCAUCAGCAGCGAGGCAGAAUGAAAUCUACGUAGUGAUCAACAUCGAAGAAUUUCUCAAUUGUAUUAUAAACUCCGACAAUGAAUACUGUCCGCAGUUAAACCUGUAUUUAUUCAACACAAACGUCGUCUUUGAUAGAAACGGAACAAUUAUUGAUAGAUAUCGUAAGAUCAAUCUAUUCGGCGAAUUCACUCGUACGCCUGCGUUGACACCGGAUUUGGGAGUGUUUGAAACGGACUUUGGUGUCACCUUCGGCCACUACAUCUGUUUCGACCUGAUGUUCCAAGUGCCGGCGGUGCAGAUCGUCCAGCAACGAAACAUCACCGACGUUGUGUUCACAACUAUGUGGUUCUCCGAAAUGCCGUAUUUAACUGCUGUCGAGAUACAACAAGCUUAUGCUCAGUCGAUGAAUGUCAAUUUCCUCGCCGCUGGAGCCAACAACGUGAGGGUUGGUAGUGCAGGAUCAGGCAUUUACUCGGGGUCAGCUGGGUCCUUGAUAAGUAUUAUGCCAGGACAACCGACCACAAGGCUGCUCGUCGCUAAAGUACCAAAAGUUCCUGGUCGGCCUGAAGACACAUAUCCGGGCCCUAUCUACGAAGAUCCCGCCGUUUUGGACAAUUUAGUCUUGAUAACUGAUCCAUCUCUACCAUCUCACGUGACCAGACUAUUAAGAAAUGGCACUCAACAGUUUAUACUAGUUAACAGAGACGUCUUGUGUUACUUUCGCGUGAACUUACUCCAAAGAGAAGGAGCAACGAAUUAUAGGUACAGGGCAGCAGCCUUUAGUGGGGUGCGUUCGUUUUCUGGCAUGGCUACCGGUGGCAAUAGAAUUUGCGCUGUAAUCGCAUGCACUGGAGAAAGUAUUGACACAUGUGGGAGACGAUUCGACAACUACACAUCGAAUACUAUAGGAGUAUUUGAAGAACUCCGCAUCACUGCAACUUUACCGACACCGCAGAAUGAUGACGACCUUGAAGCAGAUAGAGCAGCAUACUUCCCAGUCACUUUAAAUACCGCAAUAAUGCCACUUCGACCGGAAGACUAUUCAUUUCAACGAUUAUCUAUAUUCAACAUUGUAUCAAUUUAUAACUUCGUGUUGACGAAUACUAAUGUCCAGUUAUACAGUUUCGCUAUCUGGGGUAGGGAAUAUACAACCGAUGGUCAGUUUGCAGCACCACCCAGUAACCAGCACGAUAGCGCUGAAACAACUACAACGACAACCACGACUGCUGCCCCGACAACCGCGCAACCAGGGUCAUCAGCUAGUCAUAAAAUUAGCAUUAUCUUGUUCAUAUUGAGUACAAUUGUUUACUUAAGAUUGUAAAUUAAAAUAUAUCAUAAGUAUUAAUAUGUUUAGAAGUAAUAAAUAAAGUGUCAUAAUUA